AUGUCUAGAAAUCCCUUACUUGAACAAGUGAGGUCUUCAUUCCAACGUUCGAGAUCUUUGAACACAAGACCAUCUUUGCAACCAAACCGGGUGAUCUCUGAAAUUCAGAAUCGUCUAGAAAGAGAGUUGGCAACUGCGAAAGAGCAAGCCAUUGCCACAUUUGAAGGUCUUGCUAUCCACACUGACCUCCCAGGUUCUUCACCUUCAAAUUCGGAAUCAAGUUCAGACCAAGAAGAAGAAGAAGAGAUGGCUGCCAAUGAGUUCAUGGGAGACCUUGAUAUCCCAACAAUUCCAGCAUCCCCUUCAAGCAUCUUGCUGCCCACCGCAGCUCGAAACUAUGAGCUUAAAUCUUCUCAUCUUAAUAUGUUGCCUUCCUUUUAUGGUUUACCUAAUGAAGAUCCAUUAACCCAUAUAAAGGAUAUUUUUAAUGCUGUGAGCUCUUUUCCCUUGACAGGUGUGACGGAAGAUCAACUUCGAAUGAGAGUGUUUCCUUACACUUUGAAAGACAAGGCGAAAUAUUGGUUGAAUUCUUUGAAGCCUGGUUCACUCACGACUUGGGGAGCCAUUCAAAAGAAGUUCUUAGAAAAAUACUUCUCCACGCAAAAACCGACAUGCUUAGGGACAAGAUCUUACUAUUUGCACAACAAGAUGAUGAGUCAUUUUGUGAAGCAUGGGAGAGAUUCAAUGGGCUGCUCAAUCAAUGUCCUCAUCAUGGGAUUCCAUUGA